UGUGCUUAUUAUUUUGCUUUUAUGUAUUUUUUCCCUUUCAGUAAUACAGCUUUAAACAAGGAAUCUGAUGAAGAAAGUACAGAUAUGCGAAAAUCAGAUUCUACAGAUGUAGGAACUAUAGCAAGAGGUUUAGGGCGAGAUUUGGGGAAAAGAUUCAAGAUGGAAGUUAAUAGAAUUCGAACUGUUGUUGAUCGAGUUACACAUGCUCGGCAUGGUGAUGACGAUGGGAGUGAAGAAGAAAUUCUGUCUGAUCAGCGUUCAUCAGUCAAAAUUAAAGUUUCCAGCAAAGGCAGCUUUGAAUUUGAAACUAUUAGAGUUCUCCAAGAACUUGGAGGAGAACAUACUGGUGCGAUCUGGACUAUGAAAUUUUCAUCGUGUGGGCGACUUUUGGCUACUGCUGGUCAAGAUCAUGAUCUUCGCAUUUGGGUAUUGAAAGAUGCUUAUAAAUAUUUUGACGAUAUGAGACAAAAAUUUAAUUCAGAAGGUAAGGUAUCUCCUGUUCCUUCUCAUCCUGAUGUUUGCUUUGAUGGCACAACCAAAGGAGAAGAAAAUGAAGAUAACAAAGGGCCAUUUCUGUCCAAACCAUUUUGCAGAUAUCAGGGCCAUACUGCUGAAUUAUUAGAUGUAUCCUGGUCCAAGAAUUAUUUUAUCCUCUCAUCGUCAAUGGAUAAAACUGUUAGACUAUGGCAUAUUUCUAGAAAAGAAUGUUUGUGCUGUUUCCAGCACAUUGAUUUUGUAACUGCAAUUGCUUUCCAUCCACGGGAUGAUCGUUAUUUUUUGAGUGGCUCUUUAGAUGGAAAAUUACGGCUUUGGAAUAUUCCGGAUAAAAAAGUUACAUUAUGGAAUGAAUUAGAUGGACAAACAAAGCUUAUUACGGCUGUUAAUUUUUGCCAGAAUGGAAAAAUAGCAAUAGUUGGUUCUUAUGAUGGUCGUUGCAUAUUUUAUUACACUGAUCAACUCAAGUAUUACACUCAAAUUCACGUUAGGAGUACUAAAGGGAAAAAUGCCCAGGGAAGAAAGAUUAGUGGUAUCGAAGCUAUGCCUGGGGAAGAUAAAAUAUUAGUGACUUCUAAUGACUCCAGAAUAAGAUUGUAUGAUCUUCGAGAUUUAAGUCUGACUUGUAAAUACAAAGGUUAUGUAAACCUGAGCAGUCAAAUAAAAGCUAGUUUCAGCCAUGAUGGAAAAUUUAUUAUCAGUGGCUCUGAAAAUCAGUUUAUAUAUUUAUGGAAAACUUCACAUGACCAUGCAAAAUUUAGAAGAGAUAGGAACACCUAUUGGACUGGAAUAAAGGCCCAUAAUGCAGUAGUCACGUCUGCAGUAUUUGCACCUAAUCCAUCUCUGAUAGUGAAACAACUAGAACAUGAACAAGAGCGAGAGACAGACGAAAUGAAAGCAACUGAGCACAAUACCAAUAACUGUUAUGUCCUUGUUAGUGCUGAUUUCAGUGGAAUAAUAAAAGUAUUCCUUCAUAAAUAACCAAAUUGCUAAUAUUUAAUUUGCUGACUAGUCUUAUAUAAAACUUUUUACAGAUUAUAUCUACAAAUGUAACCAAGCUAACUGUAAUUUUUGUACAAGUGUCAAUAGAAAAAUUGAAAUUUUUAAAUGUAAUAAUUAUGUGUACUUACAGUAUGUAUUAUAAUUAUAUUUUAUUAAAGUUUGCUUAUUUUA